AUGAAAUUUCACAAUAAGGAAGUACUUAAUGAUACAUGGACACAAUUUCUUGCACUAUGUUUACUGCUAAUGUUGUCGAUUGACUCACUCAAUCCUAUUAAAGCUAUUAGCAAGUUUCUUGGUCUUCCUUCGUAUUAUUGGGGAUUCUUAGCUGUUGGUAUGACCAUUGGUCUUUUAUUCCAUAAUGCUGCUGACGUUAUUUAUCGUUCUACGCGUGUUUUUCUCAAUAGUAUUCUCAGUAUCUCAUUUAAAAGUGUAGAUCUUAUUGGAGUAAACAAUGUCCCAACCGAAGGGCCAGUGAUUUUUACAGGAAAUCAUGCAAAUCAAUUUGUUGAUGGUCUUGUAGUGAUGAUGACAAGUCCACGUAAAGUUGGUUUUAUGAUUGCUGAAAAGUCAUGGCAUAUGCCAAUUGUUGGACAUUUAGCCCGUAUAAUGGGAUGUAUACCUGUUGUACGUCCUCAAGAUUCCGUUGCAACAGGUGUGGGAAAAAUUAAGUUAAGGAGUAAAGAACCUUUCAUUCCUGUAAGUUCGACGAGUGGUGGUGCGAAUAGCACGAGUAUACCACUAUGGCUUUUACAAGGUCAAGGUACUAGUUUUACGAAACAAGUUACACCAGGUGAUCAAAUACGAUUUCAGAGCACCAAAAGUGUGAAAGAUUCAGGCUCACCUGUGAAAAUUAUCCAAGUAUUGAAUGAUACGCAAUUGUUGCUAAAUGCACCAUUGAAGAAUAACUGUGGAGAAAUGGUACUUGAAUAUGCAAGUUUUGGGAUUCUAAAACGUGUGGAUCAAUCUGUGACGUUUGCUAAGGUGUAUACACACUUGAAGCGUGGGAAUUGCAUUGGUAUUUUUCCUGAAGGAGGUUCACAUGAUAGAACGGACUUGUUGCCACUGAAAGCAGGUGUUGCUGUUAUAGCACUUGGUGUGAAGGACAAGUAUAAUAUUAACGUACCUGUAGUACCGGUUGGACUGAAUUACUUUCGUGGACAUCGCUUUCGUGGACGUGUGACUGUAGAGUUCGGGACACCCAUUAGUGUGGACCAAGAGUUGAUGAAAACGUACAAGGAGGAUAAACGUACAGCUUGCAACACAUUUCUUCAUCGUGUGGAGGAGAGCAUGCGCUCCGUAAUUGUGACAACACCAAGCUAUGGUGUCAUGCAAGAGGUGUUGACUGCACGCCGUCUGUACCAGCGUUCAGGUGUACGUUUGUCUGCUAAAGAGACGCAAGACCUAAAUCGUCGCUUUGCUGAGGGCUACAAGGUGUUGCAGGAUGUGCCCGAAGCACAAGAAGACCUUGCGGCUUUGCGACACAAGUUGGAUACCUACUACAAGACGCUGCAGAAGAUGGGCCUAAAGGACCACCAGGUGCCUUACAUUCCUUGGUGGACCAUUCAUGACGUACUGGGCUCAGCGCUUUGCGGUCUUCUGAUCCUGUUGCUAUCAUCUAUUCCAUCCUUCAUUUUGAAUGCACCGGUAGGACUUUUAGCUCGCUAUGUGGCGAAUACGGCGCAAAAGAAAGCUCUUGAGGGUUCCAAUGUUAAAGUGAUGGCGCGUGACGUUGUUCUCAGCAAGAAAAUUCAAUUUUCAAUUGUAGCCGUGCCGCUGCUGUGGUUUAUGUAUCUUGCUGCAGCCGUGGCCUUUACGGACUGGUAUUGGUCGUCAAUUAUGCUGCUGAUGGUGUCGCUCCCUAUGUUUUCGUUCUUCGGUGUUCGCUCCGUGGAGGCUGGUAUGAUUGAGUUGAAGACUGUUCGUCCUCUGUUUUACCGCCUCUUACCAACUUACAAGGCUACGCAGGAUGAGCUACCGCGCCAGCGGGCUGAAUUACAAAAGGAAGUGCGCGAGUUUGUCAAGAAAUACUCGUCACACCUGGGCAAGUUGGCCGAGCCAAAAAAACUUGACUGGAGUAAGUACAUGCACGAACGUUCGUUGGUACUCGCCGAGAAGACCAAAGCUCAAGUCAAGUCGAUCCCACCACCCCCUCCGGCUCAUGUUAAUGAUAGAGAGGAGAACGGUGAAGAGCCUUGCGAAAGCAAAGGCGAGAUUGGCUCACCCAUGCCUACUAUCACCAAAUUCCACGAUAUUAGCAUCCUGGGUAAGUCGGAGAAAUCGGUGGUCGACUUGGCGGGUCUUGAACGCUCCAUGUCAUUUCCACCUGGAUACCAAGAGCUAGCACAGGAGUCAGUCCAGCAGCGUCAACGCUCCAUUUGGGACCAAAGGAAACACGUGCAUUUGAACUCCCUCCAAUUGCAUCAGAACGUAGUGUUAAGUGUUUGA